CCCUGUCCCACCUCCCUUUUCCUUCCUUAGUCCUGCAGCUUCGGAUCCACCGACGGAAUCAGGAUUGCACCUCUGAUUCAGAUCCGUGGAUCUCAGCCUCAGGCCCAGCUCUGGCUCCAGCUUUGUCCCCUGUUCCUGCCUCUUUCCUUGUCAGCCCUGGUGUCUUGUCCCCUGAGCCAGCAUAUUGUCCCUGGAGGUCUUCAAAGAAGGAAUCUCCCAAGAACUCCCAACACUGGAAGGAGCCUAAGGUCAGGGGGAACUUGACGUAUCACCUGUACAUGCCUCCAGAACAGAGACAAGGGCCCAGGGCAGAUCUCCAAGUGCAGAGGUCAACCCUGGGUCCCCCAGAACCACCUCUGUGGGAAAAGAAAAACUCACAGAGGCCACACCCUCGGCUGAAGCCUUCCUCACCAAGAGUCUCCAGUCCCUCGCCCCCUUCACACAAGCUGGAACUUCAGACCCUUAAACUGGAAGAGCUGACGGUCUCAGAACUUAGGCAGCAGCUGCGCCUGCGGGGACUCCCGGUGUCCGGGACCAAAGCGAUGCUCUUGGAGCGCAUGCGUGGUGGCACCCCGCCCAGAGAACGGCAGAAGCCCCGGCGCGAGGACAAAGAGACCGCUGCUCCCUGGCCGCGCCUCAGACCCAAAGCGCUGGGAACAACCCGGCAGCCCGGCGCGGUGAAGGCAAGCGGGACAAAUCGUAGGCUGAAGUUUUCUGGAGCUGCGGAUCCCCUGGGGGCAGCUCCUGCUUCUGCUCCCGCUCCGGCUCCGGCUCCCGCUCCCGCUCCCGCUCCCGCUCAAGCUUUAGCUCCAGCUCCGGUUCCAACUCCAGCUCCCUUCCCAACACCUUCUCCAGCUAACCUGACUCUGGAGGAGGAGCUGCAGGAAGCGAUCCGUAGGGCGCAGCUGCUUCCAAACCGCGACAUCGAUGACAUCCUGGAAGACCAAGUGGAGCCAGAUGACCUGCUGCCUCCCAUCCCCUUGGACUUCCCUGGCUCAUUUGACCUGCUGUCUCCCUCCCCGGACUCGGAAGGCUUCUCUUCCGUCUUCUCUUCUUCACUACCGUCCCCUACAAGCUCCCUGUCCCCUUCUCCGAGAGCCCUCACCGAUUCCUUGGACUGGCUGGAGGCCUUGAGUGGGGGUCCACCACUGGGCUCUGGGCCCCCAGGCCCCAGCAUCUUCUCUGCGGACCUAUCUGACCCUAGUGGCAGUCGGCUCUGGGAACUGCUGCCAGAUCCAUGGUGACAGACCCUUGGGUUUCUAAGGAGAGGUCAUCUGGACCCUCCAACUACAGAGGACUCGAGAUGCCCUCAUCCCCUCCUGGCUCACUGCUGCUGGCAUGUUACAUGCCUGGACCUGCCUACCCGGCCUCUGUAUGACCCCCUCCUAGGCCCUGUAGUUGGGAUUGGGGGUUCAUAUGAUACUGGCCAGUGCAAACAAGCUUGCUGCCUCCUUCAGAGACCUGCAGGUUGUGUGCGCCCCUUCCUCCAGACACUGGAUGGCUGCCUGUCAUCUGGGGAUCUGGAUCUUUGUGCUGUCUGAGUUCAGGAAAGGACCAGGUGAGAGUAGAAGGAAGGCACCCCAAGUCCUAGUUAGAGGUGAGAGGACCAGAAGCUACUAGUGGGAGGUGACUAUAAACUCCCCAUGAGCUUGAACUUAUGACCCCACCCCCACCCCAUUGCUGUGAUUAUAUCUAGCUUUCUUGGUUGUUUUUGAGAGCAAGUCUUUCUCUGUAGUGCCAAGCUGUCCUCAAACUUGUGACAGUCCUCCUGCUUCAUCCUCCUGGGUGCUGAGAUUACAGACGUGAGCCAUUAUACCCAGCUUUCGUGGUUUAUUGAAGGGUUUCCAGGAGCCAUGAGGUGUGGAGGUAGAUAAAAGGGGAGAGAAGAUAGGAUGCUUCCCAGGUGAGCCCCACCACCACCUCACGCUGGGAGGAUGUCUGCCUGCUGGAUGAAACUGUGGCUCUCCUGUGGCCUGCGGCUCAUGAGACUGGACAGCUGCAUCCAUGUUUGUGCUUAUUAACAAACCCACAGAACAGAGCUGCAUCAGUUACUGUCACAUAACUGUGACCAAUAUACUCCAGAGAAAGCAGGUAGAGAGAGGGACUUAAUUUGCCCAGGUUUUCAGAACCUGCUUGGCCCCAUGUGCCUUGUGCGGGGGGAGAUACUAUGGUGGCCAAAUAUAUUGAGGAGAUUCUUCACCUCAUGGUGGACAAGAAGUUGGGGAGUAGGGAGAGGAGCUAGGGUGAGCUACCCCAAAGACCUAUCCA